GACCCCUUGCUGAGCUGAGCCAAGGACCCUCAGAGACCGAGAGCAGGCUGACAGACCACCAGAGAGGACCCCUGUGUGCACAUAUGAUGAAGUCUUUCCUCUGCCUGCUGUACUGCAGCGCGCUGCUGCUGUCUGAUGUUCUGGCCACAUACCACCACGGUGCGGUAGACCCGCACAUGAUCGCCGCACAAAGCUACGCACAGACAAGAAAUAAUGGCCGACCACCGACCAGGACCCUGAAUCCAGCAAUUCACAGAAGUGAUUACACGUAUAGAGGAGGGUAUCACUACCACUACCAGCCACCAAGGAUCCCUCCACCGGUAGUGUAUCGACCUAUUCCUCUAUCUCCUCCGGUGACUUACCACAGACCCUCAGUACCCAUGCCACCCUUUCACCACAGAUUCAAAGGGCCAGUGGCACCACAUAUGCACCAUAUAUACAAAGGCCUAUCUCCACCAGUAGUUCAACACCCCCAUCAAAGGUUCAAAGGCCCGUUCCCUUACAAAUUCAAAGGUCCAUGCCCAACAAAGUCAGACCCAACAGUACCAACACCACCUGUGGUACACCUCCCUACACUUCCACCUCUACCAGAGCCAACAGUGCUGCCAACUCUGCCAGCAACUACAGUAGCACCGCUGACAACCAUCAUGCCAGUGUUGGUGACCACUGUGGCGCCAGUGGAGACCACCGCUCCUGUGACGCUACCGGUCAGUACCCAAAGCGGCUUCAUCACCACCAUCAGUGCUGUGGAGACAGAGACAGAGUCUCAGUGCAGGAGUCGUCCCCUGGACCUGGUCUUCAUCAUUGACAGCUCUCGCAGUGUACGUCCUGGUGAGUUUGAGAAGGUGAAGAUAUUCCUGGCUGACAUGGUCGACACAUUGGACGUGGGCGCUGACGCCACCAGAGUAGCUGUGGUCAACUACGCCAGCACAGUCAAGAUUGAGUUCCUGCUCAAACACCACUUCAACAAGCCCGACAUGAAGAAAGCCAUCUCCCGCAUCGAGCCGUUGGCAGCUGGCACCAUGACCGGACUCGCCAUCAAGACCGCUGUGAAUGACGCCUUCACCGAGCCAUCUGGAGCCCGUCCUCGCUCCAGGAAGAUCUCAAAGGUGGCCAUCAUUGUGACAGACGGGAGACCUCAAGACCAGGUGGAAGAAGUGUCUGCUGCAGCUCGGGCCACAGGCAUCGAGAUCUACGCUGUCGGGGUGGACCGUGCCGACAUGACCUCCUUGAGACAGAUGGCCAGCAUCCCUCUGGAGGACCACGUCUUCUAUGUGGAGACUUACGGUGUUAUCGAGAAGCUCACCUCCAAAUUCAGGGAGACCCUGUGCGGUCUGGAUCCGUGUGCCAUGGGACAUGACUGCGAUCACAUAUGUGUCAACAGCAACGCCUCCUAUUACUGCAAGUGCCGGAAUGGUUAUAUCUUGAACGCGGACAAGAAAACCUGUUCCCUGAAACCGGUGAAGGUGGUGGAGGUGGUGGUGGAGGAUCCUUGUAAAUGUGAAGCCAGACUGGCUUUCCAGAAGCAGACGCAGGCUGCCAUCCAGCAGCUCACAGCCAAGCUAGCCGAUGUGUCUGGGAGAAUACAGCAUCUGGAGAACAUGGUGGGCCGCGCUUAAAGCUGGACACAGCGAGACAGCAGGCUGGUUUGGACAUGUGUUUCCUGUCACCCACCCUCCCAUAACUACUGUAUGGACUUCAACCACACAUGAAGUGAAGCUGUGAUUCAUAAACCAACAACCCUCAAGUUACUGACUGCUGCGGACCGUCGAGUAACAAUAUCUACAGUUUUUAUGAAACUGCUGUAAAAGCUAUUUACACUAUUUUCUCUACACAUUUAUAUAUGAACAUGUGUGGUGUAUAAUACCAAAGAGAGUAUUAUUUUCAUUGGUUCUCAUGUACUGUAUUAUGCGUCCUGUUGUACAAAGUUGCAUAUUGUAUAUAGUAGUAUGUAUAGUAUAUAGUAGUUUUUAUGAAAGUGUCAAACUGGAUUUACUUAGUAAGAGAGUUUAACAGAAAAAUGACUUUAUGCUCUGAUGCAUUCAACCAUUAAAAUAUUUUAUAUAUUUAGUUGCAAUUGUUUAACUAUCAAAGUGUUAUUGUCAUAUGUGUAAUUAAUGAUAACGUUAAUCUUCUGUGAGAUGACAUAUAUAAGAAUUAUAAAUGUAACCAAACAGACAAAUUAGACAAUAAAAUAAUCACAAAGGAGGUUGUU